AGUUUUAUGUGGGACAAUGGAAGAACAUGGACAAAUUUCACUCUGGACGCUGAGCUGAAAAGGAUCUAUCUGCAGCCCUACUAUGACAUUUUCAAGAACUAAAAUGCGAUUUAAAACAUAUUUUUCUUUGCCACUAUACAUUUAUAUGAAGGGGGAUAUAAUACUCGGAGAUAAGGCUGGCUCAUUGUUUUGUUUUUAUUUUAAUUUUGUAUAAAAACAGACGUGGUUCAGGGGCUGCAAACACUGACCAAACCCCAAUUUGCAGAGAUAUUUAAAAAGACACCCAUAAUUCAGCAAAGCAAAUAUCCUUAAUCUGCUUAAUAUUCUUAAGUAAAAUAAGAAGAACAAUAAACAAGUACAACAAAAUAUUGUAGAUACAGUCUUUUACAAUCACAAUAUAAUAUGGGCUAAGUGUAGUGUCAGAGUGGGAAAGGAAAGAACAAGUGGGGUUUCACCUAAAAACAAUUGUCUCAAGGGUUAUAUUAGGAUCUCUGUGUUGAUUUUGGUGACAUAUUAGCAUGCUCCUGUAGGUCAGCCAGCGAGUCCAAACUUUAUUGAAGGUUUUCUGAGAGUUAUCAGUUUCCUGAGAUAUGUAUUGCCUCCUGAGAUUCUGUGAAGCUCAAAGCAUACCUCCCAACUGUCCAAUGUUUCUCUGGACAAUCCUGAUUUUGACAGCUCAACUUGCAGUCACUGAUUGUUAGUGAAAUGGCCAUACUUUCUCUUUGAUCUCCUGCACCGAACUGCCAGAUACAACGUUUCUAAAACGGAGGCUUUUUUUGACUGAGAGCUCUGAAUGGCAGGUGCACUUAGAUACCUUUGUAACAAUAUAUACAAUAAGCAAAGAAACUAUUGUAACUAUUUCAGAUAAGCAGGUCUUCUGGGGAAACUGACUUACAACUUAAAAGGGAAUUCCCCUUCAUUAGCAAAACUGUAAUAACACAUAAAACCCGACCCCUAAAACCACCAAAAAAUGAGUAUUUAGGGGGCGUGGUCUUAAAAGGCGCAGUCCAAAAAAUUGCUGCGCUAUGCGUUUUUGUUUCUAUCCCUCCCCUUCUAUUUUCUAAAUGUUGGGAGUUAUGUCAGAGUCCUCCCAAUCUAUUUAAUAAAAGAACCACUCCAAACUUCUCCCAUUAAAAACUCAGUCUCCACCAUAAGAAGACAUCAUACAGAUACACACGGAUAUAUACAGAUUGUACUGGGUCUGGACCUCAUGUUCUGUAUGUGUUUCAGAAAGUCUCGCUCAUGGGGCGACCAGAUAUAGAGAAAGGUCCUAGAAUUUCUGCAGUUCCAGCAACAGAGAUCAGAACCAGCAGGUUCGUCGAGGUCCAAUACAAUCCGUUUAUUUAUUAUAUCUUAUGGUUUCCAUAGCUAGAGAAAAAUGCGUUCCAUUUCCAACUGGAGGAAGGCGGGUCCAGCCUAGCAACGACUCCCGAUUGGACGCAGCCGCUUGAUUGCGUCAUGUCCGCCUUCGCAUGCGCAUCGCUCCUUUCAGCAGUGACGCAGGGUCCUCCAUAGAGAGUUAGUACGCAUGCGCGGACAUGCGCGUCCACUCUGUAUAUAAGGAGGUGUAGUUCAUUUUGCAAGCGCCGGCAUAUUCGUUUGUUGUUGAAUGCCUGAGCUCGGUGGCAUCAUCCCGAGUCGCUUCCGUUUUCCUUUACCCUCGCUCCUUUGUUGACACCGAUGGACCAGUCACCUGAAUCGUACAUGCUUGCCAACCUCACCCACCUUCAUUCAGAACAACUUCUGCAGGGCUUGAAUCUCCUCCGCCAGCACCACGAGCUCUGCGACAUUGUCCUCCAGGUCGGCGAUGUCAAGAUCCACGCGCAUAAAGUGGUGCUCGCCAGCGUCAGCCCCUACUUCAAAGCCAUGUUUACUGGAAACCUCUCCGAGAAAGAGAACUCGCAAGUGGAAUUUCAGAGUGUCGACGAAGCAGCCCUUCAGGCCAUUAUUGAAUAUGCCUACACGGGAACUGUUUUCAUCUCCCAAGAGACGGUGGAAUCUCUUCUUCCAGCAGCCAACCUGCUCCAGAUGAAGCUAGUGCUGAAGGAAUGCUGUGCCUUUCUGGAGAGCCAGCUUGAUGUUGCCAAUUGUAUAGGGAUUUCACGUUUUGCUGAGACGUACGGUUGCCAUGAACUGUACCUGGCUGCUAACAAGUAUAUUUGCCAGAACUUUGAGGAUGUUUGCCAGACAGAAGAAUUCUUUGAACUGUCCAAUGCAGAGUUACGUGAAAUCGUUUCCAGUGACUGUUUGAAUGUUGUCAACGAAGAGACUGUCUUUUAUGCCCUCGAGUCGUGGAUAAAGUACGAUGUGCAGGAGAGGCAAAAAUAUUUGUCGCAGUUAUUGCACUGCGUCCGACUGCCGCUUCUGAGUGUCAAGUUCCUUACCAGGUUAUACGAAGCAAAUCAUCUGAUACGCGAUGACCACACAUGUAAACAUUUACUGAACGAAGCUCUGAAAUACCAUUUUAUGCCUGAACACAGACUCUCCCAUCAGACGGUGCUAAAAACACAGCCUCGCUGUGCUCCCAAAGUGCUUUGUGCAGUGGGAGGGAAAGCGGGACUAUUUGCUUGUCUGGAAAGCAUGGAGAUGUAUUUUCCUCAGGAUGAUUCAUGGAUAGGGUUGGCCCCUCUAGGCUCCCCACGAUAUGAGUUCGGACUGUGUACCCUGGACCAGAAAGUGUAUGUUGUGGGAGGGAUUGCAACUCACAUGCGGCAAGGCAUCAACUACAGAAAGCAUGAGAACUCUGUGGAAUGUUGGGAUCCUGUCACAAAUAAGUGGACAUCAAUUGAGAGAAUGAACGAGUGUAGAAGUACCCUUGGAGCAGUGGUUUUAGCUGGUGAAAUGUAUGCCUUGGGUGGUUAUGAUGGACAGUCUUGUUUGCUGUCAGUGGAAAAGUACAUACCAAAAGCUAAGGAAUGGCAUCCUGUGGCACCGAUGAUUAAAACAAGAAGUUGCUUUGCCGGUGCUGUAUUGGAUGGCAUGAUAUACGCCAUUGGCGGCUAUGGUCCAGCCCACAUGAAUAGUGUGGAGCGCUAUGAUCCCAGUAGAGACUCCUGGGAGAUGGUGGCCUCAAUGGAAGAUAAGAGAAUCAAUUUCGGAGUCAGUGUAAUGUUGGGCUUUAUUUUUGUAGUUGGCGGUCACAAUGGUGUAGCCCAUCUGUCAAGUAUUGAGAGAUAUGAUCCCCAUCAAAAUCAGUGGACGGUUUGUAGGCCUAUGAAGGAACCCAGAACAGGAGUCGGUGCUGCUAUUGUCGAUAACUACCUCUAUGUAGUUGGGGGUCACUCAGGGUCAUCUUAUCUGAAUAAUGUACAAAAAUAUGACCCUAUCUCAGACACAUGGCAGGACCUGGCAGGAAUGGCAUAUUCCCGAUGUAAUUUUGGUCUCACUGCCCUUUGACGAAGACGCAAGCAAAUCAUGUGUGAUCUAUUUCUGCAUGAAUGGAUGCCCAAAGAUUUCCGAGCUGGUUGCUGCAGUAGGAACACCAAAAGGCAGCAGGAACCUAACCUACAAACAUGACAUGUUCCUACAGACUGAAGUCGGCCUUCAUGCAAUAUGAAGAAACAGUUGGUCAUCCGCAAUAGUUGAAUCAUGGAGAAAGCAUGAAGCUACGGCAAAAACUGUGCGGAAUCUCUAACAAAAAUGAGAAAUCCAAAUUAGUUACACAUUUGCAGCUGUUACUGUGAGUAGGCAUGUGAAGAAUAUUCAGUAGGCUUUGCAGGUUCUUAACAUUAAUGCUAGCAUUUAAGAACUUAAGGAGAGUGAAUCAAAUAAUGUGAAAAAGUAUUGCGAGUGAAAAGCUAUACAUCCAAAUAAAAACCUAUAGUGGCAAAAUAUAUAACAGUGCAUUAUAGAAAAUGUGUUGCUGUAAUUAGAGAGACUAAAACAUCAGACGUACAGUAAAGCUGUUAUUAGCACAGAGAUGUUCGACCUGCAGCCCUUCUGCUGCUAAACGACAACACUUGCCCUGUCCGUGUGUUGCUGAGGAUUCUGGGUGUUGUAUUUCCCCAGUUGAAGGCUAUUAGCUUGACAUUCCUGUUCCAGCAGGUACUAUGACUUAACCAAUUUCCUGUUAGAGGUGCAGGCUCUUCUUCCAGUAAUGAGGUUAAAAAGUCUAUGUGAAAUAUUCAGUGCCAUCCUCAGCCAACCUAUAUUUAGAGGGGUCUAAAGCUGCAAUGGAAGUCUGUUUACGUGUCUCUGUUCUGCAUCUUUUCCCAUUUUAUUAAAAAUGUAAACUGUUAGUCUUAAUAGAAAAUCCGGACAAUUAAUAGUCCUACAUGGGUUUUUUAUGCCAAUUACCUUUAUUACCUAUUUCAGCUUAAUGAACUACAGACAUUAGUUUUUUUUUUCCUUCCAUCUGGUGUGCUAAGACAGAAAUAAGUUUGAAUGUGUAGUUAUACAUGCAUUCCUUUGUCUAAAAGAAGGGAUGAUAAUUCAGUGCUUCUCAAUUUUUUAUAUAGUGAAUAAAGGGCUGCUUUUUCCUAUAACUCAAGGCUUGUAAAUAGUAAAUGCCAUAGUGUAUUGCCUGUAUGCUGUUACAGGUCGGAAGAGUUGAGAUCUAUUUGUACAUUUAGUGUCAUAUUUGUAUGAAACAUGAGAAGUCUCUUAAUAUAGAUGAAAAUUAGAGUCUUUUUUGUUCUAUUGUUUGCUUUAUGAUAACCAACUGUAUCCUAGGUGAAUGAAUUUGCAAUGUCACCAUCUCUUUCUGAAAGAUUGGUGAAAAUAUAUUUGUUUGGUUCCUGUAUGGUUUUCCUAAGCCUUCACCUUACUAAGUUGGUCUAUAAUGAUCCAGACAAGCCUAUUUGGGUGAUGAUGUUAAAUCUUCCUGUCUUUGGUGAAUGCAUUGAUUGUACGAGCGUCAUAGAGUUGAACUGUAAAUAUGCACACAAAGCUUUAGAAAAACACAGUGUGUACAUGCAAAAGACAUUCUCAGCCCUGCAAGAUGUAUUGACAAAGACAUUGUUUUGUGUGUGUGCGUUUGUGUGAUUUAAAAUUAUGGUGCUAAUUGCAGGACUUAAGAAAUGCUGUUACCAUAUAUUUAUAUCUACAGUCCUAGAGAAUGCAAUGGUCUUAAAAUGUUUUUGUUACAAUUUUAUAUUGCUAUAUUUUUAUUUAUGUCUAAUGUACGCUUUUCUGUAAUAACAGUUCUUUCUUCAUCACGUUUGUGUCAGAGUGAAGCCGAUGAGAGGAAUACUUUGUUAUUGCUGAUGCAUGUGCUCUUAUUCUGCAAUCUGCUCAUGCCAAUGGCAUGUCGCUACAUAGAUAAUGUUUUGUUUCUUUUCAGAGAACAUGUUGUGGGGCAUUCAAAAAAAUAGUGAAGCUCUUUGAAACAACAGAUCUGGGGUUGUAGGUGGCCUGGGAAUUUUAAUUUACACCCCUGAGUCAUUCAGUACCUUUAGCAGUAUUUUUAGCAAUGAUUAGCAAGCAGGAUUUUCACCCCCCAAUAGCAUGAUGCAAAAUGGCACUAUAUUGUAGAAUGCUUUGAAAAUAUUUAGAUAUAUAUGCACAAACACACACAUUGAUGUGUUUUCUUAUGAGAAGGAGAAAUUGUAGAAAAUAAUCUGCUACCCUUGCUGUAAUUUAGUGACACUGUUUCAUUAUCAUUAUCUCCAAAACUGGGUUACUUGUUGCUUUGAAAAAUAGGAUUGGCUGUUGAUGUGUAUCAUCUCCCAGCAUGCCUUGACAGCCAUUAAAUUACAACUUUUGACCGUCAGGGGGAAUGAUACAAGUAGUGGUUCAGCAAAACGAGUGCCGCAGUUCCAUAUGCCUGCACUAAAGUAUAAUUGAAAGAGGAUCUACAUUAUAAAAUGGAUGUGCUACUCUGCAGCAUAACAAGCAACUGUGUAAUCUAUGUUCAUUUGUUUUUAAAAGAGAGCUGCUUGUUCUCUCAUCCAAAGGUUAAAGAAAAACCAAGGCAAAACAAUAGGGUUUACACUUCUGUACUGGCCCUAGGCCACCACAGCCUUAUAUAUACAAUAUGAGGUUGAUUAGUAGUUAAUUCAGAUUUCCAUUUCAUAGCAAUAUAUUAUCCGUUUAUUCUGCAUCAUUAUCAGUAGCAUCAGCUUGCUUGACAGAUAUAACCUCAAUUUCUGUUCCAGUUUUGAUGAUAUUAGAGGAUUACUAAACUUUGUUUUUCAACAGCAGACCAUAGCACACUGAGCAUGUACAAUGUCCCUGACACGCAAAAGAUCAUAAGAUGGUGUGCUGAUGUGAAAAACAUUGAAAGCCUGGGUCAUUACUGUUAAAAGGCUGGAAAACCUUUCUGGUUCAACAAAUUCACUAUAUAAAAUUUUACAUUUCUAGCCAUAUUUUAUAUUGUUCUCCUUUAAACACAAAACUGCUUUAAUCCUUUUGUUGGCGGCACUCCUGUCUACUUGGCAGAGUGUCCGGUAGUGGGAAAUGAGUAGGUGUUUCUAUCCCUGCAGAUCAUGCUGACUCUUUAUUUUAUUACCCAUCAAUUUGCUUUCCAAGUAUAUUUUAGAGCAAUAUUUGUCUAGUCUUGACACUGCGCAAAGUUUAUUUAUUCCAUUAAGGAAUCGUAAGUAGAGCAUCAGUUAAGUUGAGGUGGCCUUGCCCUGUAAACGUUCUAAUGUUACAAUUGCUAGAUGUUUAGCCCAUUCAACCUGAAAGUUAAGUACCCUUUCAGAAAAUAAGUAACUACAGUAGCCAAUCACACUGUGAGAAAACUUACUUCAAACAGCAUGAAACAUACUUAAAACCAUAUGUAAAUUGCAAAUAUGUUAACUUCUACAGAUUCACGUGUAUAUAUUAUAUUAUAUUAUAUUACACACACCUGGCUGCACAGACAUAGUAGGGACUAGUUCCCUAACCCCUUCUUAGGCUCACAGUGUCAUGCAUCCCCUCCACCUUGUUCCAUUGUGAAUGAUUCUGGAACUUGAUGUUUUCCUUUUUUCCAAAUAAUAAUGCACCACAAUCAGAGUGACUGCAAGUCCCAGAAUCCAUAAUUUUACAAUAAAAUAAAGUAAGGGAUGGGUUGCAUUAGGGUAGAACUACAUAGGCGAUUUAGGUCCGAUCCGACAGCACACGAAAUGCUGGCGUCAAGUCGGAUGCGCCGGAAAUAAGGUAAGAAAUAGAAAUGUCGGAUGAAGUCGAAGUGUGCAUCAGACAGUCGUGUCGGAUGCACGCUGCGACUACAUCUGUGAUUCCUACAACUAACUUUAUCUUCGUCACAUCCGACUUGACUCGUUUCGUCACGUGGUGUUGGAUCGGACCUAAACCGCCCAUGUAGUUCUACCCUACUGCCGAUUUUUGACGCACUGUGCAAAAACGCAGUCGUCAAGUCGGAUGCAAUGGAAAUGUCGGAUAAAGUUGCAUCAUUCAUCCGUUGCGACACGACUGUCAGAUGCAAACGCAGUGUGCAGCGUCUGCAUCCAACAGUCGUGUCGCGUUGGACGAAUGCUGCGACACCAUCCGCCGUUCCUGUUACUUACCUUAUUUCCGUUGCAUCCGACUUGACGCCUGCGUUUUUGUGCAUCGCGCCGAAAUUGCGAAUGGAGUUCCUCCCAAACACUGUGAGCCAUUGGGGAGGGAGGGGUCAGUUAAGUAACUUAGAAUGUUAAACACACAGGAACUGCUUAUGAUCUAGAAUCCCUGCUUUUGUUUGCCAAAAAAGGAAAAAUGAGAUAAGCACAGGAAAUGCUUUCCUCCAUGUGCCAAUAACUUUUCUCCAAGCGACAUUAUUUUACACUGCAUGUUUAAAGACACAGGUAAAUGUAAACCUUUUUUAUUCUCAUAACAAUAUCCAUUUAACCCCUGCUGGAGAGAACAGGAAGCAAAAACCCUGGUGCUGGUCAUUUUAUUUUAUAUUGUGAAUAUGACAAAAUAUUACAGUUCAACAUGAAACACCCCCUGUAGCAUUAGAAUUGCAGAUUUAUUGUAGACCAGUAUAGGAACUAAUAUCUGGAAUGCUUGGGGUGCCCAGAUUAGGGACUUUUAACCAUGCAUAUAGUUAUGCUGAUAAGCACUUAAACAUGGAAAACACUUAUUUUGUCAUUAACUUAUACACCGUAGGAAGUUGUUGGCUUUCAGACGUUUCUGGUUAAUAGAUGCCAUACCUGUAAUAUAAAGAGAUUUAUAUGGAUAAUUCCAUAUUGUAGAAGUGAUGUGUCCUCAUUAAAACGGUGUUCUAAAAUCUAAAGUCAACUUGAGAAUCUUCUAAUGCAAUUAUUACAGCCUGCUAUUCUCUUGUUCUAAUUGAAUGCCAUACAUACUAAUGUGCACCUUUAUCUCUGAAGUUGUGAUGUGCAAUAAUGCUACUUGUUUGUUUUUUUUUUUGUGUGGUCUUUUUUUUUUUUUUUUGUUUGUUCAUUUAACUUUAUAGUGCCAACAAUGUACACUGACCAUUCUGGACUUGUGGGUAAAUGUUUUUGAUAUCAAUGUUUAUUUUUGCUUUAAGCCUUUCUUGUUCUUCCACCCCCAAAAGAUUUUGAAUAAAACUUAACCAGUUGCAAUACUGCA